AUGAAGUCUGCCAUUUUUGACAACGAACCGAGGCGGAAACCGCUUAUGAGAACAGCACCAACUCCCUGGAGCAACACUCGUCGAGCUCAAUCGUCCAGUCCAUCAAUUGGACACAUAAACAAGAAAGAAAAACCACUUCCGUCAUGGAACUUACACGAAAUGUUGACAUCCUACCAAGAAUACGGCCUUCUUCCUCCUAUACUUUCGCCCACAAUACCCCAGAAGGAAGACCAUCCCGAAGAUGUGCCAUUAUCCAUGCUUUCUCCCACUCUUCCUACACAAUUCACCCUCGAGCAUCCAGCCCCGAAACGAGCCAAGCCUCCUUUGCAACACGAAGUUGCCCUGCCGUCGCAAAAGGUCAAAGUCCGCUGGAUCAACAAACUCAACCAGCCGCAUCCACGGUUUAUGUUGCGGAUGAAUUUUGAUCGAGAAAAGUACCAACAAGCCUUCAAAGUCACCGGUCUCGGAAUCUCUUCUGGCGAUGUUCCGGUGUCUACCAUCGGCCCUUCGAUAUCCACGCUCGUUGCCAGGUUGCAUCGCUUGCUCAAGGAAGCAAAAGGAGAGUGCGAUAGGGCUUCCAACGAGCAAUUGGUGGUGGCUUUGGCUGAUUAUCUUCUACUUCAAAUCGCACUUUCCACCCAAGAAAAAUCCAGCGAAUCGUGGAAAAGAGCCAGUGAGCUAUGUAAGAGGUUAUCUGGAGCAUUGGCAGGCCAUACCAAGGGCAUGUCGUUGAAAGGAGUCAUCUAUAUGGUUCACGCUGUGAUUUUACGCCAGGAAAUAAUUGCCCUUCAAAAGGCACUAGAAAAGAUAUCGACUCAGGAGAAGACCAUAGACAUUCAGAAGAAGAUUAUUAGGAAGUAUGGUGAAAUUGAGCAAAAUCUAAGAAGAGCAGCUCAAUACUCAAGCAAAAUGGCAUCUGAAUUGCCGACCACUUUUCAUAAGCUGCUCAACACACCACCAAGUUCACGAAAAGUCAUGGAGCCGUCACAAGAACCAUAUAUGCUUCCUCUAGGUUCCUUUUCAGGAAUUGGUGAAGCAUGUGGGCUAUUGUACCAAGCGGUUUCCGAAAUCAAACAGCAUAAAUGGAGGGUUGAAGGAGUGAAAGUGGAGAUAUAG